UCGCUGGGGAAGCGCGUUCACGUCUGCCCCGACGAAGCUCGGGCGCGCGCAGCUCGGGCGCGUCUCAGUCAUCAUGGCGGAGGGGGAUCUGGACGUGGAUUCUCUGAUCUCCAGACUGCUGGAGGUGCGAGGAUGCCGUCCAGGGAAGAUCGUUCAGAUGACGGAGGCAGAGGUUCGGGGUUUGUGCAUUAAGUCGCGUGAGAUCUUCCUGAGUCAGCCGAUCCUGCUGGAGCUGGAGGCUCCUCUGAAGAUCUGCGGGGACAUCCACGGCCAGUACACCGAUCUGCUGCGGCUCUUCGAGUACGGAGGCUUCCCUCCCGAGGCCAACUAUCUGUUCCUGGGGGAUUACGUGGACCGAGGGAAGCAGUCUCUGGAGACCAUCUGUCUGCUGCUGGCCUACAAGAUCAAGUACCCCGAGAACUUCUUCCUGCUCCGCGGGAACCACGAGUGCGCCUCCAUCAACCGCAUCUACGGCUUCUACGACGAGUGCAAGCGCAGGUUUAACAUCAAACUGUGGAAGACGUUCACCGACUGCUUCAACUGUCUGCCGAUCGCUGCUAUCGUGGACGAGAAGAUCUUCUGCUGCCACGGAGGGCUUUCUCCAGAUCUGCAGUCGAUGGAGCAGAUCAGACGCAUCAUGAGACCCACAGACGUCCCUGAUACAGGGCUGCUGUGUGAUCUGCUGUGGUCAGAUCCUGAUAAAGAUGUUCAGGGUUGGGGAGAGAACGAUCGCGGCGUGUCCUUCACCUUCGGAGCAGAUGUGGUCAGUAAAUUCCUGAACCGUCACGAUCUGGAUCUCAUCUGCCGCGCGCAUCAGGUGGUUGAAGACGGUUACGAGUUCUUCGCCAAACGGCAGCUGGUCACGUUGUUCUCGGCGCCCAAUUACUGCGGAGAGUUCGACAACGCUGGAGGAAUGAUGAGCGUCGACGAGACCCUGAUGUGCUCCUUCCAGAUCCUGAAGCCGUCGGAGAAGAAGGCCAAGUAUCAGUACGGAGGGAUGAACUCCGGGCGACCCGUGACUCCGCCCAGAACGGCCACGCCCCCUAAGAAGCGCUGAAAGGGGCGGAGCAACGACUCGAGUGUCUUGACAAAUACAUAUGUAGUUUAAGAAGUCACGAUUUUUUCUUCUUUUAAGGCUUAUUUUAGUUUGCGUUUGGUUUGAUUUGACCUUUUCUGCGUCUCACUGUGUGCUGCUUUCAUCGUUAACAUCACGUUUCCCAGUGUUCGAACACUUCAUUUCUGCUUUCCCCCACUGCUCUGCGUCUUACAGGACAUUGUACAUUGACUAGGUGUUUUUGUAGUUAAUCAUUGCACUCUUCAGCCCUGUUUGAGUCAAACAGGUUCAUAACAUCUGGUUUUUCAGUAAUAAAGUUUAACAAAGCUUUGAAGUGCCAGAA